AUGGCCGGUUGUGUCGGAGGCGCGGCCGGAGUACUAGUCGGACAUCCGUUGGACACAAUCAAAGUUGUUAUGCAGACAAGUGCUAAACGCCUGUCAAUGAAGUCAGUAUUGGCCGAUCAAUCGGUUUUCUCCUUAUAUCGGGGUAUUUGUGCUCCAUUGACAGGACUCACAGCUAUCAACGCCGUUGUGUUCGGUGUCUACGGAUCACUCAUCAAGAAGAUGGAUGAGCCGAGUCUUCUAUGGCAGGCCAGUGCCGGAUGCGCUGCCGGAGUGUCGCAGACAUUAAUAAGUUGUCCCAUAGAGCUCAUUAAAACAAGAGCGCAAUUGAGAUCAAUGCCAGUCAUGACAUGCCUUCGGGAAACAGUACGUAAAGAGGGAGGAAUUCGGGCCCUCUAUCGAGGGUUCGGCGCAACCCUAGCCCGAGACGCGCCCGCAUUUGCCAUAUAUUUUUCGUGUUAUGAACUCUUGUUUAAGACAUCACCCAAAAGCGAUACGCCGUCAACAUUAUGGCUACUAUUCGCUGGCGGAACAGCCGGUGCGGUCUCAUGGCUGGCCAGUUAUCCCAUAGAUGUGGUUAAGUCCCGAUUACAAGCGGACACGACCUACACCUCAAUGCGUCAAUGCAUUCAAAAAUCGCUGACAGAAGAGGGGAUUAAUGUGUUUGUGCGCGGAGUGACCCCAACUCUGGUUCGGGCUUUCCCUACAAAUGCGGCCACUUUUGCUGUCGUCACGUGGACUUUGUGGUCAUAUGAGUACUAUUAUUGUGACGGAUAUAACGCUAAAAGUGGGGGUCUGUUUGAACACGGAGACGAUGCCGUGGAACUGGCCUUUAGGUAUGCCGUCGACCGCAUUAAUGCCGACAAUAGAGUCCUUCCGCACACAAGACUUAUAGCACAAGUGGAACGGCUGGAGAAGUGCGACAGCUUUCAGGCAUCCAAACGAGUGUGCAGUCUAUUGCAAGAAGGAGUGGCCGCAGUGUUUGGGCCGCAGUCUGUGGAGACCAGUGCUCACGUCCAGUCGACAUGCGAUGUGUUACAUAUGCCACAUAUGGAGACCAGAUGGGACUUUAAGUUUGACCCGCCAUCCAAUCACUCUAUCAAUCUAUUUCCACAUCCCAUUGCUUUGGGAAAUGCAUUCCGGGAUUUGAUUAAAUUGAAGAAUUGGAAAAGUUUUGCUAUACUUUACGAAGAAAACGAAGGCAAGUCUUUAGUUAGAGUUCAAGAGAUACUAAAAGAUCCCGAACUGCGAGAGAAGAGGAUAGUUGUCCGCCAGUUUCCCGGCGCGACCGGUGAAUAUCGGACCACAUUUAAGGAGUUGCACAAAAUGGGAAUCCGAAACAUCAUUAUAGACGUGCCCAGAGAUAACAUACAUAAAGUGUUAAAACACGCACAACAGGUCGAUAUGCUGUCCGAUUAUCACAACUACUUCUUCACGUCACUCGAUGUCCAUACCGUUGACUUAGAGGACUAUCAAUACGGAGGCACUAAUAUAUCGGGCUUUAAUUUAGUGGACGAAACGAGUAAAGAGUAUUUGGAGAUAACCAGAGAGUGGCAAAACUCGCCGCCAAGAUAUCCAAACUGGAAGACCGAAUCCAUCGAACAAAUUACAAAAACUGAAGUGGGUUUGGUGUACGACGCGGUGCGGCUGUUUGCCAAAGCCCUGCACGACUUGGAUCAGACUCAGGCCAUUAGUGUGCGGCCCAUCUCCUGCGAGACGGAGGAGCCCUGGCUUUUCGGCAACGCUGUCACCAAUUAUAUGCGAAUGAUAAAUAUCGACGGAAUCACAUCUCAUAUAAGGUUUGAUUCGAGCGGUUCCCGGACUGACUUCAGGUUAAGACUACUUGAGCUGACACGAGAGGGUCUCAAACACGUGGGCGAUUGGACACCACAUGAAAAGGUUAUAUUUAUGACAAAUUACACCAAAGCUAUGACUGAGGGAUACAAAGAGACACUCAAAAAUAAGACGCUUACAGUCGUGACAAUACCGGGAAACCCGUAUUGCAUGGAGAAGGAGAGGAAAGAAGGAGAGGACAUAACUGAGAAACAAUAUCAGGGAUAUUGUAUUGAUCUGAUCGACGAGAUCUCUAAAGUACUCGGUUUCAGAUAUACCAUCAAAUUGGUUGAGGACGGAGUUCACGGCCGUAAGAAUGCGAGGGGAGAGUGGAAUGGCAUGAUUAAGGAGCUCAUCGAAGGGAAGGCGGACAUAGCGGUGGCCGACCUGACCAUCACCUAUGAAAGGGAGGCGGCGGUGGACUUCACAAUGCCUUUCAUGAGUUUGGGAAUUGGGAUACUUUACAAGAAGCACAAGAAGGAACCGCCAAAGCUAUUCUCAUUCAUGUCACCCCUGGCUAUGGAUGUUUGGGUCUAUUUGAUCACAUCGUUCUUAGGCGUCACUCUAUUCCUCUUCUUUGUGGCGCGUUUCUCGCCCUACGAAUGGGUGAAUCCGCAUCCAUGUGUCAAAGAACCGGAAGAAUUGAAAAACAACUUCAGUAUGAAAAACACGCUGUGGUUCACGAUUGGGUGUCUUAUGCAACAGGGAUGUGAUAUAAUGCCGCGUUCGCUGUCGACGCGGGUGUUGGCGGCAUCAUGGUGGUUCUUCAUACUUAUCCUCGUCUCCUCAUAUACGGCCAAUUUGGCCGCUUUUCUCACUGUCGAGCGUAUGGUUAACCCAAUAGAAUCGGCCGAAGAUCUCUCCAAACAGACAAAGAUUCCGUACGGAUGCGUCAAAUCGGGUUCAACCGAAGCCUUCUUCCGGAACUCCAACUUUUCCACUUACGCCAGAAUGUGGUCAUUCAUGGAAUCCACCCGACCCUCAGUUUUCGUCGAAUCCAACGCCAAAGGAGUCGAACGAGUGAAGAAAGGCGAUUACGCGUAUCUAAUGGAGUCGACGUCCAUUGAGUACAUCGUCGAGCGUGAGUGCGAUCUCUUUCAAGUGGGAGCGCUGUUGGACUCGAAGGGCUACGGCAUCGCCACACCUCCGGACUCUCCCUACCGGUCCAUUAUGUCGGACGCCAUACUGAAGCUGCAGGAGGACGGAAAGCUGCACAUGUUGAAAGAGCGGUGGUGGUCCGGGAAGGGCAAGUGCGGGGGCGGCAAAGAGACACAGAAAGUGCAGGGAAGUGCCAGCGAGUUGGGUCUGGCCAAUGUGGGCGGUGUGUUCGUCGUGUUGGCCGCCGGCUCUUGUAUAGCAAUCAUUAUAUGCAUCGGAGAAUUCAUUUGGAAAAUGAAAAAUAUACCCCGAAAUGAACGCGAUCACAUAUGUGUGGAACUGCUCCGAGAGAUAAAGUAUGUGAUCUGUUGUUACGGCAAUACGCGGCCCAUCAGGAAAGUUCAUGACGUGGACGGCGGGGCAGUACAACCGGGAAACGGACUCCCGUUUAUGCCGCUCACCGGCUAUCAGGACAUGAAUAAAGACGUCUACUCCUGACUAUCAAAGUCUCAACAAAUUUAUUUCAAACAACAAGAAGAGAAGGAAAGAGAGUUGAGUAGAGAGUACAGCGAAGACGUGCUCCAAAAGUUCACUUAUGGUAAUGAUAGCAAGACUAAUAUAUACGAAGCCAGUUAUCACACCAACUAUAAGGCAUCCGAUGUAUAAAAUUAUAAAUAUAUAUGUUUUCAUUAAUGGGUGAGACAAUUGUCUCAAACAAUUAUCUCUAACAGUCGAGUCAUACGAACAAAACAAUUAAACAAUAAUAAAAAUCAGUAUAAAAUCUCAUUAUAUUUAAUAUUUAUUGAGGGCUUUAAAUACAUUUUCUUCUCUCCAUUUCAUUUCAUUUAUUGGAUUUCACUAUAAAUUUUCACUUAAUAUUCAAUUUAGUAGUGCUCUUGAAAAAUGAUGAUAAACUUCUG